AAAUAAUUCGCGUUCAGAAUAAAUCUGAACGCUGAAACUCCGGUCUGCAAAAACCAUAACGAAAAAUAAAUACAAUACUAUUAUAUCAAUAUGCUUAAAAUUGCAAAAUAACAUUACCAACUCAUAAAGUUUUAGUUAAUUAGUCCAUUUUUACCUCAAAUAGCGUCGAUUUGAAGUUAAAAGGCAUAAUUUGUUUCAGUUAAACUACUGCUUAAAUCGCAAUACAAUCACUGACCUCUCGCCAUGUUAUGAAAUAUUUAAAUAUCAACCAAUCAGAAGAAGGCAUUACGGUGUAAUAGGCUGCGUUAUCGAUUAAAAUCUACCUGCCGUAUACAGCGGGCACAGCGAUUGGAAUUGAAAAUGUGAGUAGUGUGUUGAUUUAAAUUGGUCAGGCGUGCAAAAUUGAAAGAGUCAAUACAUAAUUCUUACGGAACAUUAUUGAGAAAUGAAUUAUCUACACAGAUCACGAACGUGUACUUGACAGAGGACGGGUCGCACAAUGGCCGGUGUCGACGACAGCAUUGGACAGAUUGGAGAUAUGCUCAGAGCACAAAGAAAAGAAAAUACAAAUGUUCUGUGAAGAUCAUAGUGAACUUUUAUGUCAGACGUGCAUUUCAUCACAGCACAGAUUCUGUGUGAAAGUAACGUUGACUUCAAAAAUAGGCAAAGUUGAAAGUUGCAAGGAGUUAUUAUCACAAAUACAGAAAAUACAAGGAGAGCUGCUGAUUCGGCUUAACAAAACCGAGAACAACAUCCAGUCAACUGAAGCCUCUCAAAAGAUGAUUCUACAGGCUAUAAAAGACCUUCGAAAGAACAUAGAUGACUCAUUUGACAAACUUGAGUAUAUUACCAAGCAAGAGCUCAUCGACGUCAUGGCAAGCAAGAUGCAGUCCCUACAGAAAAACAGAGAACAAUGCAUAAGCUAUCAGACGGAUUUAAAAUGUUUCGAUGAUACUUUACAAGACAUUCGGCAUAAAAAUAAAGAGCUCAUCUUUAUAGCUCAAACAAAAUAUCUUCCGCAGUUGAUAGAAUCAAUAACAUUUAUAGGCGACAUAUUACACCAUAAUGAAUAUGCCAUGGAAUUUGUACCGAACAAAACAAUCGAGCAGCUCGUACCCAAUAUAACGUGUCUUGGACGAUUCAUACAACCAAACAAGGUUAUUUCAAUGCAUUCGAAAAUAAAGCAUAAACUAAGUAUAAGUGGCAUUGAUUCGUGGUCGUGCUAUCCCUAUGGCAUGUGUGAGGUCGAUAAAUUAACUAUUGUCGUUGACAAUCGGAACAGUCGAGUAAAGGUGUUAGACGAGCAAAGCCAAGUAAUCAGCCACGUUGAUGUACCUGUUACUCCAUGGGAUAUUUGUACGGUCUCUGAUCACGAAGUUGCUGUUACUGUGGAUGAUGACACUAUCACGCACGGAGUCCAGUUUUUUAGUUUAGUCAAUAAGCAGUUAUCGAAAAGCAAUAAUUAUCAACUGGAUCAUGCUUGUCGUGGUAUUGCAUGUCAUAAGAAUGAUCUGUUUAUCACGUCAUAUACAGCAUUGUACCACUACAAUAUAGAUAAAACUCUUAUUCUGAAGAAAAAACUGUAUGAGGAUACCUCAAAGAAACAAACAGUAUUUAAGUGUGCCGUGAGUCUGAGUGGUGACAAAAUCUAUGUCACAGGGAAUGCACAAAACCAGCUGUUCACCCUGACCAGGGACGGGUCAGGCCUCUCGACAUUAACCGAUCCCGAGCUGAAAGAUCCAGGAGACGUGCAUGUGACAAUUGCUGGCCAGGUGUUGGUGUGUGGGGCCUCAUCUCGCUGUAUCAUACAGGUAGACAGCACGGGGCAAAAGAAGAUAGCUACAUUGGCUACGAAGACUGAUUUGGAGGCUGACCCAGCGUCCGUUUUGUAUAGUCGGAGCAAGGAUUCCGUUAUCGUUGGACAAUUUAAAACCGAUUUUUUGUUGGAGUUCAAGAUUAAGUGAAAACUGUUUCUGUUUUUUUAAUUGAGUUAAAUACAAUGUUUUAAUGUCUUGAUCCAAUUUCAAUUCAUGUUUAUGUGGGGGUUUUUUAAUUUAUUUUCUGCAUGGCAAAAUUUAUUUUUUGUAGCCCUACCUAACAUAUAUUUUUUUGCGAUUUUAGUGGAAAAACAAUUGUUUGCGAACAUGUUUUCUAACCCUGUUGCAGCUGAUGUGUAAAUGUGUUUAUACUUGUGCUUUAGCUCACAUGAGCUAAUUGCUCUUGGUGAGUUGUAAUGAGCUGUUUUGCACGAUCGUCGUCUGCGUCCAUUAUUUCUUUAAAUGACAUCUUAUCCACACGGUCAACGAAAAUGAAACUUCACAGGAAUGAUUCUGGCGGUUCCUCUACAACAUUGUUAUAAAUCGUUACGAUGUGUAAUGUUAGAAACAUUUCAUGUAAGAAAAUCAAAUCCUUGAGGUUAUAUGAUGGUAACUACGAUUUCAAUUUCAUUAAAACUUUUCUCUGUUUGUAUUGGUUUUGUCAUUUUAUAGCUCUUAAUUGUGUGGUAUUGCUUUGAAGCACGGAAACGCAUUUGAAUGUUAUCAUUCAACUAUCAAAUGAUAGCCACAUUUGGCGAUAGACUCAAGUAUCGUGCAAUUUAUAUUUUGUUUCACAUAAACGAUUAUGUUGUUAAAAAAUGCCCACGUAUUGAAAUAUGCCCCGUAUUCUGAUUUGCUAUUGUCCGUCCGUCAUGGCGUAAGUCGAUUAUUAAAGACGUGUUUAAUUUCUGCUUGAGAAAUUAAUCUAAUGUAACAUAUUGACCACCGUGUGAUUUAAGGCGCCUGUGUAUUUUGGUGCAGAUUUUUUCUACAUAACUAGAGUUAUGGCCCAUUUUAACAAGUUACCAAAAUAUCAGAUCUUCUAGGUUGCUAGUUCUGGCUUCUAUAAUUGAAAAUAUCGCUUUUUGUUUUUUUUGACAUUGCGAAAACUUGAAAAACUGGUGGAUGUCAGUACUAUAAAUAUUGAAGUUCCUUUAGCUACUUGAGUGCUAAACUGAACAAAUAUUACAAAUCAGCACAUGAGUUCGCGUAAUUGGGUAUAUUGCUCAAGGUAUUUUUCAACAUGAACGGCGGUAUAACUUUUUUCAGGGAAAAAUCAUUUGAGCUUGUGCUGCACAGUUCUAAAAAAGAAAAGGAAAUUUGAAAAGAACAAGGACCAUAAUUCUCUCUUCAAGAUUUACAAAUUGUUUGUUUUUUCGUCAAUUUCAUUGUAAGGAGCAUAACUCCCUUAGUAUUGAUGGCAUUUAAAGUAAACAUUGUAAUUAAAUAGAGAACAAUAAUCAUCUUUUGUAAUAACCUGAAGAGCAUUUGCCAUUUGCUUAGUUUUGUAUAUUUCGUUUCUUUCGUGGCGCACAACUCUGCAAGUAUUAAAAAGAAUGUUCAUUUAAUGAUAACUGGCUUUAAGAGAAAUAGAAGCUCAUUAACGCUCUCUUCAUUAUGUAUGUACAGAGUAUUUGCCCUUCCUCUAUUGUUCAUCGGUUGAUUAUUAAUUGAUCAGUAUUGAAGAAUUGUGUCUUUUAUAUUGGGGAGCAUAACUAUAUAUAAACAUAGAGGAGAAUCUUACAAAAGUGAAUGUAAUGAAAAGAUACAUGUAGAAAAAGUUCCGAUGUAUCUAAUUAGUUCAAUCUAGAACUAUAAGUUAAUAGCAUCAUAUUGAAUAGAUAAUAAAGUUCAGUUGUUUGACAAAUGAUGAUCUUAAUUUGUAUUAUACAAAAUUGUCAAAAAUGGAGAAUUCCGAUUAUGUACAGAACGGUUAAGUUUACUAAAUACUUUACCUUAAUUAUACCAAAUUCUUUACCUUAAUUAUAACUGUUCAAAGAUAUAAAUAAAAUAUCAAAAUACAUAACUUAACUUAUGUAAACAAAAU